AUGGCGAGCAACAUGAUAGCUUUGAUCUUGAUCUUGCUGGUGGUGGUAGGGGCAGCACCGUUUGCGAUUGCGCGGCCAGCGGCUCUGGAAGGCGAUCGCGCUCUAGAGAUCAAGAACAUGUUCGAGGGUUGGGCUGCCAAGCACGGCAAGAGUUACAGCAGCGACUGGGAGAAGGCUCGCAGGCUGAUGAUCUUCUCCGACACUUUGGCGUACAUCGAGAAGCACAACGCGCUGCCCAACACCACCUUCACGCUCGGCCUCAACAAGUUCUCGGAUCUCACAAAUGCCGAGUUCCGAGCCAAUUACGUCGGCAAAUUCAAGCCCCCGCGCUACCAGGAUCGCCGCCCGGCCAAGGACGUGGACGUGGACGUGUCGAGCCUCCCGACGAGCUUGGAUUGGAGGCAGGAGGGAGCUGUGACACCGAUUAAAGAUCAGGGCCAGUGCGGGAGCUGCUGGGCUUUCUCGGCGAUUGCAUCGAUCGAGAGUGCACACUUUCUGGCGACGAAGGAGCUCGUUUCUCUGUCCGAGCAGCAAUUGAUAGACUGUGACACGGUAGACCAAGGAUGCCAGGGUGGGUUUCCGGAGGAUGCGUUUAAGUUCGUGGUGGAAAACGGUGGUGUCACCACGGAGGAGGCCUAUCCAUAUACGGGAUUUGCAGGCAGUUGCAACGCGAACAAGAAUAAGGUGGUGGAGAUCACUGGUUAUAAAGACGUCACAAAGGACAGUGCUGACGCCCUGAUGAAAGCAGUCUCCAAAACUCCCGUGACCGUUGGCAUCUGCGGCAGCGACCAAAACUUCCAGAAUUACAGAAGUGGAAUUCUUUCUGGUCACUGCAGCAAUUCGCGGGAUCAUGCGGUCUUGGUCAUUGGAUAUGGAACCGAAGGUGGGAUGCCCUACUGGAUCAUCAAAAACUCGUGGGGAACUUCCUGGGGGGAGGAUGGAUUCAUGAGAAUCAAGAAAGAGGAUGGAGAAGGGAUGUGUGGGAUGAACGGACAGUCAUCAUACCCCACUACUUCGUAAAAUAACCACUUUAUAAUCCAAACUUUAUAUUAAUAUAUCAAUUAUACACUGCCAUC